AUGCGGGUGUGAUAACAUGCGGAUGUCAACACGGCUGAAAGUUGCAGCAGCAGCGGUGGAGAGUUGAUGUGGCACUCGCAGCGGGUUGUAGACAGACAGUAAACUUGAACCGGAUACCGACGUGAAAUUGUUUAGCAACCUGGUGUAAAGGACGUGUUCAGCAUGUUGCUGCAGAGACUGUCUCUGUGUUCCCGGCUCUCUGUGGGCCCAAAAACCCUCCACAGCUUCACAAGAUCUGUUUCUCUCGGGAAAAAUCCCUCUACCUCUCCAUCUAUCAGAUGCCAUGCUGUGCGUCACUGGAGUAACGUGCCUUUUCUUACAGUGCCGCUGGCGCGUGCCCAUGGUAAGUCGUUCGCACACCGUGGUGAACUGCGACAGGCCAAACGGAUCGUGGUGAAGUUAGGCAGCGCUGUGGUAACUCGAGGCGAUGAAUGUGGCCUCGCGCUCGGGAGACUUGCCUCUAUUGUGGAACAGGUGGCAAUGCUUCAGAACCAAGGUAGAGAAAUGAUGAUUGUCACAAGCGGAGCUGUAGCAUUUGGGAAACAGAGACUGAGGCAUGAGAUUCUUCUCUCUCAGAGCGUCAGACAAGCCCUUCAUUCAGGACAGAAUCAACUUAAAGACAUGUCACUGCCUGUUCUGGAGGCAAGGGCGUGUGCUGCUGCAGGACAGAGUGGACUGAUGGCACUAUAUGAGGCCAUGUUCACUCAGUACAGCACGUGCACAGCACAGAUCUUGGUCACAAACUUGGACUUCCACGAUGACCAGAAGAGACGAAAUCUGAACAGCACGCUGCACGAACUUCUGCGUAUGAACAUCGUGCCCAUCAUCAACACUAAUGAUGCAGUGGUGCCUCCCCCAGAGCCCAACAGUGAUCUGCAGGGGGUAAAUGUCAUCAGCAUCAAGGACAAUGACAGUUUAGCAGCACGGCUUGCAGUGGAGAUGAGAGUAGAUCUCCUCAUUGCUCUCUCUGAUGUACAAGGUCUUUAUGACAGCCCUCCUGGGUCUGAUGAUGCUAAAUUAAUCGAUACUUUCUACCCCGGAGACCAGCAGUCUAUAACAUAUGGCACCAAAUCCAGGGUUGGAAUCGGCGGAAUGGAAGCUAAGGUGAAAGCUGCUCUAUGGGCUCUUCAGGGGGGCACAUCUGUAGUCAUCGCUAAUGGCACUGACCCUAAAGUCACAGGCCAUGUCAUCACAGACAUUGUAGAGGGCAAGAAAUUGGGCACCUUCUUUUCUGAGGUCAAGCCUGCUGGGCCCACAGUGGAGCAGCAGACAGAAAUGGCUCGCAUUGCAGGGAGGACACUAGCGUCUCUUCUUCCAGAGCAGAGGAGUGAGAUCAUUUAUGCCAUGGCUGACCUUCUGACUGAGAAGAGAGAUGAAAUUCUGUCAGCUAAUAAGAAGGACAUGGAGCUUGCUGGAAACUCGGGGCGUAUGCCUCCUGCCUUGCUCAAGCGGCUGAGUUUGUCAACAGCUAAACUGAACAGUCUGGCCAUCGGCCUGCGUCAGAUUGCAGUGUCCUCUCAGGACAGUGUGGGAAAAGUACUGCGCAGAACCCGUGUGGCCAACAACCUAGAGCUGGAGCAGAUCACAGUGCCCAUUGGGGUACUACUCGUCAUCUUCGAAUCACGUCCAGACUGCCUGCCUCAGGUGUCUGCAUUAGCUAUUGCUAGUGGGAAUGCUUUGCUGCUGAAGGGAGGAAAGGAGGCAGCUAACACCAACCAUGUCUUACAUGAGCUAGCGCAGGAGGCUCUGUCUAUACAUGGUAUCAGAGACGCCAUCCAACUGGUAAGCACACGUGAGGAGGUGGAAGACUUGUGUCGGCUGGAGAAGAUGAUUGAUCUAAUCAUUCCCCGUGGUUCGUCUCAGCUGGUCAGAGAUAUUCAGCGGGCUGCUAAAGGCAUUCCUGUACUGGGUCACAGUGAGGGCAUCUGCCAUGUCUAUGUCGACCAUGAGGCCAGCAUAGACAAAGUCGUAAAAAUUGUCAGAGACUCGAAAUGCGAUUACCCUGCAGCCUGCAAUGCUAUGGAAACCCUGCUAGUUCACAGAGAUGUGCUUCGGACCCCGCUGUUUGAUCAGAUCAUUGACCUGCUGAGAACAGAACAGGUGAAGAUACACGCUGGCCCCAAGUUUGCAUCAUACCUGACCUUCAGCCCAUCUGAGGUGAAGUCGUUGCGUACAGAGUAUGGGGAUUUGGAGUGCUGCAUAGAGGUGGUAGACAGCAUGCACGAGGCAGUGGAUCACAUUCAUAAAUAUGGCAGCUCCCACACAGAUGUGAUUAUCACAGAGAAUGAGGAGACAGCAGAGCAGUUCCUGCAGUUGGUGGACAGUGCCUGUGUCUUCUGGAAUGCCAGUUCACGGUUUGCUGAUGGAUAUCGCUUUGGUCUUGGUGCAGAGGUUGGUAUCAGCACUGCUCGUAUCCAUGCUCGUGGACCCGUAGGCCUGGAGGGGCUUCUUACCACCAAGUGGGUUCUGCGAGGAGAUGGCCAAACAGCUGCAGACUUUUCUGAGCAAGGCAGUAUGAAGUUUCUGCAUGAGAAUCUGCCUGUUGGACAGCCCCAAACUGUACAUAGAACCUCCAACUAGAGCCAGUCAAAAAUAAAUCCCUUUCAAGAUGCACAGCAUCCACUACUCAAAAGAAUCCUACAGGGAUACUGGGAAUUUAUAAUCUGAAAACAUAACAAGGAAUAAGAAGACUAAAAGUCAAUACUUUAAGAUUUGAACAGCUGGUGUAAUGCUCCAAUUCUGUUCAGUUUUCUUCUUCAGAAUUUACCAGUUGAUUUUAAAAUCUCAGAAGUUAUAUUAACUCUCCCCUGGAUGUUGUAGGUCACAUAUUGAAAGCAUUAAAAGCACCGAACUAUUUAGUCAUUGCUAGGCAACAUUUCCUCUAGCUACAGGUGGGUAACAAAUUAAAGGGAAAAAUAAAUGCCAUGCUUGUGCUGGCAAGUUCUUCUGACUGAUCACCUUUAUCCGGUGAUGAAACAUUUCUAUCUUUAUGGGAGUGGUCUCUUCCAGGAUGACAAUGUCCCUAUUCACAGGGCAUGAGGGCUCACUGGAUGAGUAUGAAAAUGAUGUAAGUCAUAUGCUAUGAACUUCACUCAUUAAAUUUCAACCCAAUUAAACACUUGUGAGAGAUUUUGGACCUACAUGUUGGGCUGCGUGCUCAGCCACCAGCAUCAAAACACUGACUGAGAUAUUAUCUUUUGGAAGAAUGGUGUUCAUCCCACUAAUACAGUCUUGUACUAGACUUGCAGAAGUUUUGCCAAGGUACACUGAAACUGUACUGGUGGCUUAUGUUGGCCUUAACACCUUAUUAAGAACAUUAUUUUUUUUCCUUUACUUUGUCACUUGUCUGUAUCUUGUGAGAUUUAGCCUUCUUGUUGAGACAUGCAGAUAUGUGGUUCCAUACAAUAUUAGAGUUAUAAGACAAGUAUUAGGUGGAGCAAAAUUAAAACCUUAAGCUCCAAAUAGUGUUGUCUAUUAAAUCAUGCAUAGACUUAUAUGUAUCUGUGAACCGCUGAAUUUCAGGCUAAGCACAAUUACUGUAGAUCUUGUGCACAAUUCUGUAUCUUGGAGAACUAUUUCCCCCCAUUUAUGGGAAGUUGUAAUGCUUUUGCUUUGUGCUGAAAUGCAAAAAUGGUUUUAUAUUGUAAAUCUAAAAACUGAACAAGUGCAUCACCGCCUUGAGUUACUGUCUCACAUUAGAAAGAUUGGACAAAG